AUGUCGUUCGCUGCUAUUCCACGCAGCACGCUUCGAUCUUUUCCUCAGGCAACUACACGACGCCUGAUUCAGCUUUCAUCUGCUCGUAAACCAGCCGCCAACGCCGUCCGAGCCUUCACGACCACCCCAUCCUUCCUCACAUCCAAACCCACCGGUGGACCGGAUCGAAUCUUCCCCAGCAUGACCACGGUUUUCCCUACGCAGCGUUUGCACAACAAGACGGUGCUCGUCACCGGAGCCUCGGGCGGCAUCGGCAAGGCGACGGCCCUUCUCUUCGCCCGCGCUGGCUGCAAUGUCAUUCUCACCGCUCGUCGUGCCGAGGAGCUGUCCGCCGCAGCUACCGAGUGCGCCCACGCAAACUUGGCCGGUCAGACCAAUGCCGGCGGCAACUUUGCUGCCAUCACGCUCGACAUGCGCAACCGCGAGCAGCUCGAUGGGCUCAUCUCGAGCCUCCCUGAGUGGGCCAAGGAGGUCGACAUCCUGGUCAACAACGCAGGCCUCGUGCUGGGCACCGACAAGGUGGGCGACAUCUCGGCCGACGAAAUGGACGUCAUGAUCGACACCAACGUCAAGGGUCUCAUCCACCUCACUCAGAUCUUUGUGCGUGAGUUCAAGAAGCGUAACGCUGGACACGUCAUCAACCUCGGCAGCAUCGCCGGUCGAGAGGGCUACCCAGGUGGAAGCAUCUACUGCGCAACCAAGUUCGCCGUCAACGCUUUCACCUCGGCGCUGCUGAAGGAGCUGGUGGACACGCCAAUCAGGGUGACGGAGGUCCAGCCGGGAAUGGUCGAGACCAGCUUCUCGGUCACCAGAUUCAGAGGAGACCAGGACGCAGCGGACAAGGUGUACAAGGGUCUCCAGCCGCUCAGCGCCGAGGAUAUCGCAGAGGAGAUCGUCUGGGCCGCCAACAGGCCGGCCCAUGUCAACAUCGCAGAGACGCUCGUGUUCCCUGUCAACCAGGCUAGCCCGUAUCACGCGUUCCGUGGCGGCAACUAG